AAAAGAGUUCCAGUUCCUGCUCCGUAGACGUGGGGCAUGGGGGCGGCGAGCGUGGGUCUGGUGGAUUGUCACUGCCACCUCUCCGACCCGGACUUUGACAGCGAUCUGGAUGAUGUGUUGGAGAAAGCCAAGAAGGCCAACAUUGUGGCCCUUGUGGCAGUUGCUGAGCAUUCAGGAGAAUUUAAAAAGAUUAUUCAACUUUCAGAAAGGUACAGUGGGUUCAUCCUGCCAUGCUUAGGUGUUCAUCCGGUUCAGGGGCUUUCACCAGAAGACCAAAGAAGUGUCACAUUAAAGGAUCUGGAUGCAGCUUUGCCUAUUAUUGAAAAUUACAAGGAUCAGUUGUUGGCAAUUGGAGAGGUUGGGCUGGAUUUCUCUCCCAGAUUUGCUGGCACUGAUGAACAGAAGGAAGAGCAAAGACAAGUCCUAAUCAGACAGAUCCAGUUAGCCAAAAGGCUAAAUUUGCCUUUAAAUGUUCACUCACGCUCCGCUGGGAGACCUACCAUCAACCUCCUACGCGAGCAAGAUGCUGACAGGGUACUGCUGCAUGCAUUUGAUGGUCGACCGUCUGUAGCCAUGGAGGGCGUAAGAGCUGGGUACUUCUUCUCAAUUCCACCAUCUAUCAUAAGGAGUGGGCAGAAGCAGAAACUGGUGAAACAGUUGCCUUUGACAUCUAUCUGUUUAGAAACAGAUUCACCUGCACUAGGACCAGAAAAACGGGUACGAAAUGAACCCUGCAACAUUUCCAUCUCUGCAGAAUACGUUGCUCAAGUGAAAGGGAUCUCAGUGGAAGAAGUUAUCCAAGUGACCACAGAGAAUGCGCUGAAACUGUUUCCCAGGCUUCGGCAUCUGAUCCAGAAGUAGCUUCAAAGCCAUGCAUCACAGAGCGAGAGCCACCGUCUGAAGCACAGCCAUUGCUUCUAGGAAGGGAAGCUCCUGCAGGCCAGGGGCCACAGUGCCAUCACGAGGAGGGAGGAGGCUCAAGUUUGGUCUUCUGUGAGUUCUGCUUCCGUGGGCUCUAACCGGUCUGCACAGCGCAUCUGCAGCAGCACCUCAGCUUGUGAGCACUUUCUUUAGCAAGCAGUCUGGCUCACAAACAGAAGUAUUUGGCAGAAUUUUUUUUUUGUUUGCCAACUUGGCAUCGGGGUGACGAAGGUGACUGUGGCCAUCUUUCCUGCACCGACAGAUGCGGCAACUCUUUUCCAGAAUCAUGGAAUGAAUUGAGUUCAAGAACCGAAGAGCCACUGUAGUUUCUGGCACUAUCAGAAAUCUUGUAAAACUGAACGUUUAAUACUUUCAAUUAUUUUUCUUUAAGGGAAACAUAUACAAAGUUUUCACUCUGAUCUUACAUUUUGAGUUAGGCAGCCACUCUAUAUAAUCGUUAUAUCACCAGGCCUAAAAAUUUAGUUGAUAAAAUGAUUUGAAGUUCCAGCCUGCAUACUAUCACGUUUUAGAAAUAUAAAUGGCUUUACUGAAAAUAUCUGACUUUUCUUGUAGGCAAUAAUAUUUUACGUUUUUACAUUUUUUAAAUCUUAACUGUAAAAAAUGGUUUUGCAGAUCAGACAAAUGCACUCAAUGCCACUGAAAUGGUCAAAAUGGUAAAAUUUUUUUCAGGGUUUUAAAACGUUCUUUGAUAAUUAGUGGUCAGUCUUCAUUCAUAUUGACUGUAGAUUUUCCAAAGUGUUAAGAGGAACGUAGAUGACCAGAGUACAGAGCUGUGUGGUGAAUCUUCACCCUCGUUACCUUUUCUGGACAGUGGUGCAGGGCGACCGUGUGGGACAUUCCUUAUUCCUUUGGCCUGGGCAGCGCUGUGGACCCCAGUAUUGACGGUCGUAUCUGGGGUUUCCAUUCCCUUCAUAACAAAUCUCCAGAUCUCUUUGAGUCCCUGAGGGGGUGUUGAUUACUGACACCUGCUCCAUAGAUGAAUUUGUCAGUAAACGUUGAUGAUAUAUUCUUGGGCCACUACGUCAUUGAUGGCAGAAAGGUCCUUCAUCUUUCCACCUACCUUUGUGAGAGCCAUUGUGCCACAGCCAAGCUGGAGAGGACAGGACGGUGAAGUGUGCAUAAAUAUUACCAGGUGUUGUGAUCAAACCCUUGAGCAUCUAACACUGGGACCAAAACCUAACAUCCAGGCUUGAAGGGGAGGGUGUGGUUUAUUUGGGUUCUUUUUUCAGAGGUUUAGUCCAUGGCUCGCUGGCUUCAAGGCAGGAACAUCAUGGCAGAAGGGCCUGGUGGGCAAAGCUACUCACUUCAUGGUGGCCGAGAAGCGGCAGUGAGAGCUACGCUGUCCAGACGCGUGCCCCGGGCCCACCUCAACUGUGCCCACCCCUGACGGCACAGUCAGCUGUAAACCGCGGUGGGUUCAUCCACUGAGUGCGGCGGCCGUGAUCCAGUCAGCUCUCAAGAGUCUCGUCAUCCAGUCAACUCGACAGGGUCAGUUGACACACGCAGCCAAUGCUGGAAAAACUACUGAAGAGGAAAACGCAGCUUCCUAAGAAAGCAAUUUGAUAUGACAGAUCUUCAAUAGAUACUUCCAAAUGAAUUCAUGUAUAGAAGAACCCAAACUAGUGCUAGGGCUCAUUGUCCAAUCCAAAGCAACUUAAACAGAAUAGGGUACUUCAUGAGUGUGUUACAUAGCUUUCUGUUUUUCUGACAAGACACCUGAGAUGAUCAGCAUGUCAAGAGAAGGUUAAUUUCGCCUCAUGGUCUCAGAGGUUCCAGUAGAUGAGUGCUGGGUGAGGUAGCACAUCGUGCUGAAGAGUGCGUAGUGCAACGAAGUCACUGCGUGGAUGCAAGAGAGGAAGAGACUGACCUGAAGCCUCCCCUCCCCUCCACCUCUUCACUUUCCCACAGCACCACAGGCUGGGGACCAGGUCUCCCACACAUGGGCCCCGGGGACAUUUAAGACCCAAACUAUAGCAGUGAGGUGGGUGACAUAGCUGCCCAUCUGUAUCAUUUAGGAAUGAUAGACAAAAUUCCUACAUCUACCAAGAGGUUAUGUUAAAACCAGCCUCGUGAGCUUUCCCUCAACUCUUCCUUUCCCUCUUUUCUACCACCUUGUUGCCUACAUCCCCUUGCUCAAACUCUCAUCUUUGAAUCUAUAAAGAUAGGAUGUAAAUGGCUUCCCCUUGUCCAAUCACCCCAGGGAGAUGCGAUCCUGGCCCUCGAAAGUGUCGGGCCAUUUUCCUCAUUUAACCACCUAUUGUUUGUUGUGUAUAUCCCAUAAACAGUUAUUCUGCUAGCUUUCCCAUUGCAAGGAUACAAUACCCGGCCGGACUUAAAAGGAGAAGUGGUGAGGUCUGAUCUAAAAGCGUGGUGAAUAUUUAAAUAAAAUUACAUUACAGUAAAAUCCACAGACAUUAAUCCCUCUCAGAAUCCUCCCCUUGCUUUGAGCACAUCCCAUCCUCCUUGCCCCUUUCUAAAGCAGUUCUGCAAGUCUUCUUUCCUGAGCAUUUUUUAUUGCACCAUGGUGUGUGCUUCCAUGCCCUGAAACAAUUCAAAACCUUUACUGUUCAUGGUCAUUUUGACUUCGACAAAGAGCUUGAACGGUUGGCAUGGUGCCAUGUGUCAUGAAUAAGGCGGACGAGAACACACAGUGGUAUUUUUAUUUAACUGAAGUGGAUGUAAAUGUUUCAGAUCAAUUCAGGACAUCGGGGCAGCCGUGAAAAGGCAAAAGGGUUUUCAGGACUGCUCCUGAACCUGGCAAGAACGUUGAGAUAAGUGUGUUUGAAACGAGGGAAUGUCUUGAGGGGGAGUAGUGGUAAUGUGGCUUUUACUGUGGAUUUUUUUUAUUUAGAUGCACACUGUCUUUCCAGAUUAGUUCUUAUGUUUGGCUCAUGAUUUGAGGGGAUUCGGUCCUUAAUCCACAGGCUCCAAAGCGGGAUCGUCAUGGUGUUAGCUCACGGUGGAGAAAAGAUGCUCAGUUCAUGGUGGCAGAAAAGCAAAACAGAGGAACCAUGCCGGAGAGGAAGACCCCACAGCCACACCUCUACAACACUUCAAGACAUAUUUAGGAGUGUACCAUGGGCGUUUUUUUUUUUUGGUACUGGGGAUCGAGAUGUCUUGUGCUUGUGAGGCAGGUGGCGGAACCACUGAGCUACAUCCCCAGCCUGAGACUCUUCUUUCCAACCAAUUGCAGGGCUCCAGAGCGUGUCAACCCCAUCCAUACAGAGGAGGCUCAUGUGAUUUCAGGCAGUUGUGAGCGUCAGUGAUGCACUAUCUGAAAACAACGUUGUGCCUGCAAUGCAGUUAUGUCUAACCAGAGGGGACUCCCUGGAGAUGGCAUUUUCAAACUGGUAAUAGAAUUUUCUGUAGAGUAUCCAAAUAAACUGUGAGCUGUUAGGCUUUUAUCCAAAAUGUUUCAUCCAAACGUGCGUGCUGAUGGGAGCAUAUAUUUGGAUAGCCUUCAGAAUUUAUGGAGCCCAGCGUGCGAUGUAUCUCCUAGCAUCAACGUCAUCUUUGCUGGAUAAACUAAAUCCACGCAAUCCAACCAGCAGCCAGUUAGCCCAGCUUUAUCAGGAAAACAAAUGAGAGUGUGAGAAGAGUUUCAGCCAUUGAACAAAGCUGGGAUGAUUGAUAAUAGAAAGUGGUCUUGGUCUGUUUUCAUCAUUGGUGUGUAUAAUUCACCUCCCCGUAAGUAGAAAAGCUAAAGAAAUUUAAGUGCCAUAACUUUUAAGGAUUCUGCAGAAAGAAGGAAAAAUCAUUCAGAACCUACAAAAGCUUUGAUUAUUGAUUACUUGAUUGCCUUUUUAAUUCCUCAGAUUUUUGAAUUGAAGAAAAGCAUUUUAAAGUUUUUAUAGGAAUGUAAAGCUGUUAAAACACAUAAAACUCCCUGUGAAUACAUAUAAAAAUGUGAAAGUAUGUGUAACAUAUAUACUUCAGUGCAAGAGACUUUGUCUCUUAUUUCUUCAUCUGUGUAGGAGUGGUUAAUAUGUCCAGCUCUCCACCAACUGAUGGUGUCAUUUGUAAUCAAGAGACCUUGUUUCUAUUUUAUCGAGAAAGUCUUCAAAUUUGAUUCUAAAUACCAAUUAUAAUCUCCAACUUAAUUUUGAAUGUACCUACCUUACUUGCAGUUGAAUAAUUGUAGACAGAACAGGGUUUGAUUCUGUCCAGCUAUACUGAAACUGUUAAAGUUUCCUCGUGCAUUGUUACUGCUGACACUUGAGCCUCAUCCUUAACCAUCAGUUAUUGGGCGGCUCUGUAAGUCAAGGACUGUGGGUUACAAGAGGGAUAAGACAUGAUUUACCCUCAGUUUACACUUCAGAAGAUAGCCAAAUGGCAAUAAGCCUGACCACAAUUGAAAAUGUCAAAUAUUUCAUCUUCCGAUCUAUCUGGAAUACAUAUUAGAUAUUAUUUGCUUCUCACCAUGUUUUUGAGAUACAUAGACUCCUUUGGUCUAUAAAUAUGCUAAACAUGGGUCAGCUAUUUUCUCAUGUUGAGACAUAGGAGUAAACUCUCUUGGCUUGAAAACAGAUCAUUCUGUAUAGCCUUUCCCCUCAGCUAAAAGGUGGAAUCCAGUCCACUCCAUACAACAUAUUGUGAAGGAAAUGGUUUGAAAUUGUAUAAAUCAUGUCAGAA